GCGCCGUAGUCUGAAUGGUUGUGAUGAUGUAUAUUGUUUGACGGAGCAGAUGAACGGCGAAAUGUCGGUGCACUGCUCGAGCAACCAACUCAACGGACAGCCAGCUAAUCAUCCAGCCUCACAGGAGACCCCUAUUGGCCCCAACGCGGCACAUCGUGAGCCCAUCCUGCAGCAGCAGGCGGAGGAGAUGGCAGCGAUGCAGAGUCGUAUCCCUCACACGUUCAGGGACGCGACCCAUGCCCCCCUUAGGAAGCUGAGCAUUGACCUAAUCAAGACUUAUAAACACAUCAAUGAAGUAUACUAUGCCAAGAAAAAAAGGAGAGCGUUACCGGCGCAGGGGGAUGACACGAGCCACAAGAAGGAAAAGCGCCUCUACAACGACGGUUACGACGACGACAAUUACGACUACAUCAUCAAGAACGGCGAGAAGUGGAACGAUCGCUACGAGAUCGACUCACUCAUCGGCAAGGGCUCUUUUGGGCAGGUGAGUGUACCUUGAUCAAUUAGUUCGCUU